AUGGUUUUAGAAUUUGGUCUCGGUUUUAUAGAUCGUUUAACUGGUGCAAAAACGACUGCCUAUACACAUUUAGAAGAUUUAGCUGAUAGAUUAAAUCAUUUUAUUAGUUGUGUUAUAAUAUUAAUGUUAUCUGGUGUAACAAUGGCUAAUGUAUAUUUUCUUAGACCAAUUUCAUGUACAUUACCAACAUCACCAGAUAAUAAAUUUAAUGAAUUUGCUGAAUCUGUAUGUUGGGUACGUGGUACAAUAGCAAUACGUGAAAAUGAUCAAAUGCCAUUAACAGAUGAAGAUUGGAAUCAAUUACGUGAUAAAGCUGAUAUGUCCUUCUAUCAAUGGGUUCCAUUCUGUUUAUCAAUACAAGCCAUGUUAUUUUUUAUACCACAUAUUAUAUGGCAAUCAUUAGCAACACAUUUAUUAGGUGAAAAUUUAGAAUCUAUAUUAGAUAUGGCAUAUAAAGCAAAUACAGCAGAUGAUUAUAUAAAACGUCAAAAAUUUGUUGAAUCAGCUGCAUAUCAAUUAUUUCGUUUAAGUUGUCAACAUUAUAAUAAUCAUAAUCAUCCAUUAACAAAAUGGUCAAAAAUUCAACAAAAAUAUUCAAACUACUCAGUAAGUAGUUUAUUUAUUAUUGGUAAACAUAUUGGUAAUUAUAUAUCAAUCAUAUAUAUUAUCAUUAAAUUAUUAUAUUUAAUGAAUUUAAUUGGACAAUUAUAUAUUAUCAAAACAUUAUUAGGUUACCAUGGUAACUUGUAUCAUUUUGGUAAUCAAUUAAUAUUAACUUUAAAAUCAAAACAUGAAUGGAUUGAAAGUGAAUUUUUCCCAAGGCAAACAUAUUGUCCAAUACAAGUACGUCAUCUUGGUACUAAAAAUAAUUUAUUUACAGCGAUUUGUGCAUUACCAGUAAAUAUGUUCAAUGAAAAAAUUUAUAUAUUUUUAUGGUUAUGGAUAUUAUUUGUAACAAUGAUUACAAUUAUUAGUAUCAUUAUAUGGUUAAUACGUUUUAUUAUCAAAAAUUGUCAAACUACUUAUAUACAACAUUAUUUAGUAGUAUCUAUACAAUCACAAUUAUUAGAUAAAUAUUUUAAUCAUUCAUUUGAUUGUGAUGGUUGUAAUAUACAAUUAAAUGAUAAACGUAUACAUCAAUUUAUUAAAAAAUUUAUUAAAAAUGAUGGUUAUUUUUUAAUACAUAUGUUACGUGAUAAUAUUGGUGAUAUAAUCACUGGGGAAAUAUUAAAUCAAUGGUGGCAUAUGUUUAUUGAUUAUCAUAAAGCAUAUAUUAAUAGAGAGAAACAAUUAAAACAGAAUGAAAAUAAUCAUAAAGAGAAACAAUAUGAUUAUAUGAAUAUAACAUUAGAUAAUGAUACAAUAUUAAAUCCUAAUUCAGAUCAAUCCAAUGGCAAUUUUGUUUAAAGCAAUGCAAUGCUCAUAGUUACCAUAGAAACCACAACAACACCAACAACAACAAAUGAAAUGAUGGUAACUUUGUUUAAAUUAGAUACAAUUUUCUAUAUGGAAUACAACUAUGAUUAGGUGAAUAGAUCAUGAUCAACAUUGUUUUUGUUUUUUUCUUUUUUAUGAAUGUCAUCAAAGUUUUGUUAAAUGAAUUAUGUAACCAUGUACAACUGAAAACAAUCAUGUAUUGAUCAUUUUAUGUCAUUUCAUUAAAAAAAAAGAUUUUAUUUCCUUUGAGAAAAUGGUAUUCUCAUAAUAUUUUAAUAGAUCAUUUUCAGUGAUAGAUUAGAUAGUUAUUCAUAAAAUAUAGUUUAGUGUAUUUUGGGACCAUCGAGUAAGUAACGCAGUUGUUAGGAAACGGGUACUAGGUAAGGAUGACAAGUCAAUUGAUAAAGUGAUGAAACUUCAUCAGUUAAGAUGGCUGGGACAUGUGUUACGUAUGCCCAACUACCGACUGCCCCAACAUGUGAUGUUCAAUGGUGUAGAAGUAGGUUGAAAGAAAGCUAGGGGUGGCCAGAUCAAAACAUGGCACAAAUGCAUGAAGUCACUGACAAGUGAACUGAACCAUGUUGGUAGAUGUAGACUACCUGGCUGCGAUUCGCGAGACGAUAGCAACCGAUGGUUAGAGACCCUGAAUGACAUGGCUCAAAAUCGUUUGCAAUGGCGCAGGUGCAUCCACUCUUUGUGUUCUCCCAAAUUCUAAUCUUCUGAAUUCUUCAUGUCCCUUUCUUUUUUCUCUUUCCAAAUUUAUUUCACUGAAUUAUACUCCUUGAAUAACAUCUUUAAACCCUAAUAUUUCCUAUUAUUGCUUAUGUUUUUACUACCUCUACCACUAUGGGAUUUGAAUCGACAACUGCAUCUCUGUGCUAAUGUGAUAUGCCAACUCGAACUGAUGUACGUAAGUACGAAUUUCUACAUUGUUACUGACGGACUGGUAUGAUUGACUUUGAUACUUACGUACACCUGUUACACCUCAUGGAGGAGCAUAAGCCACUCAUCAGCAUUCUCCAUUCAACUCUAUUCUGGGUAAUUGUUUCCAGGUGCUAUUCAUUCUUUUCAUUUCUGUUUUUAAUUAUCAAAGCAGUGCGUUUACUAGUCUUGCACUCUUUUGUUGUUGUUCAGGAUUCCAAGUUAUAGCUUGCUUUGUGAUGCAGCUUGGCGAUUCCCGUGAUUUAUUCUCUAUCCACUUUUAACACCUAUUCCUUAUUUUCUCUUUAAUCUGAAGCUGGUUAGUUCUCUAUCAUACUGGGUUGUUAUCGAUUUUAUCCGCUCAAUGGAUAUUGAGUAUCUUCUGUGGACAAUUGUUUAUAAAUGCUUGUACGUUUUUGAUGAUAGUUGUGGUAGUUCUCAAAUUUUUAGCUCCAUACAGUAGAGCUAACUGUCUUGACGUUCGUAUUGAAAAUUGUAACUUUGAUAUUUGUUGACAGUUGUCUUGAAUUCCAUACGUUCUUCAAUUGUAGGAAUACUGUCUUUGCUUUGCCAAUUCUCGCAUCGAUAUUAUUCUUCGGAAACUCUAGCAGUGCUAUUUAAGACGAGUUAAUAUAUUUGAUCAAGUGAAGUGGAAGAUGAUUGAUAGAUUGCUAAUCUGUACAGAGAGUGGCUGAAACAUUUAUCAUGAACAAGACGUUACCAUCAAUAACGUAAAUACUAGACCACGUUAAUGUGAUCAAGAUGAAUCGGUUGACACUUGGUGCUGGAUGCUGAAUGAUGACCCCUAUCAUUAAAUUUUUUAUUGAUUCACCUUUCCCACCGUCACUCUCUGUGGACACAAGUUGAACCGAUGCACAUCUUUCAUAACUUCUUACCAAGCCUUACAAUUAAAAGAUCGAUAUAUUUAUUCUGAUCGUUUGAAUUAUUGUGGUUGGUAGGAUUAUAGUAUACGUAUACGAAGUUGAGGAUAAAGUUAUUGAUCAUAGUUGUAGCAAGUAUUCAACGUAAAUAAAUGAUAUGCAGCGGCAAACAACUCACCAAAAUUAAUAGUUCUGUAAGUCAUCGAGACUAAUGCUUACCUCACUAGUUUUACUGAUAACAUUCUAGCUGAAGAGGUCUGGUCACGCGUACGCACCAGGUCAUGAGUGGGUACGCCAUGCUAGGCAUCACUAGCAACAGCUAGCCAGCUUAAAUCACAUGCCUCUCGAAAUGCCGAAUAUCUUCUUAAUUCACCUUCAAAAUCAUUCAUUCCUGACUUCUGGUUUGACUGGGUUUGGGAUCUUUCGACCAUAAAUCUGUUACAGAUAAAAAUGAAUUCAAGCCAUGAAUAUUCGUGCUAACUUUAAAUCUAUUCAAGACGUGUAUGUGUGAAGGAUAAUGUAAUAACACAGUGAGUAAACCAUCAUUGAAACUUACGAAUAAUAUUAUGGAGACUAAAGUAGAAUGAAAUGGUAAGUGAACAUAUAAAGACAAUAUUCACAAAUAUUUCCAUAGGAACGUAGACAAAAUUGAUGAUUGUUGGCUAGGGUUAUGGGAAGGAAAAGGACAAAAUAGGGUACUUUUGUAUGUAUAUGAUUGCUCAAAACAUCCUCGUAUUGAUUCCCCAGCUGUGCUAAUAAAGCGGGAAUAUGAAACACUGGAUGAUCCACUGGAACGUCUAAUAUGGUGUUGGUUUCUAGGAUCUCGUUGAUUCUGUAUUUCUUAUCCGCAGAAUGAGACAGUAAUAAACGUUUGGUGGAUUCUUUCAGUCCUUCACCUAGCCACAUUGUAUAGGUUUCAACAACGUGAUUAUGUGGUUGCCAUGUCG